CCUCUCUGCCUCGUACACAGCCUCAGUCAGUACUCUGAGUCUAUUGAUCCCAAGUGCCUGUCGUUCUCACACCUUGUCAACAACAGGCACCCUGGUCCUCUCCUGUCGUUCUCACCUCCUUGUCAACAACAGGCACCCUGGUCCUCUCCUGUCCAGCUGUCCCAGACCCCCAGUGGAGUGUGGAAGUCUUUCUCUGCCUACCCCCCUUCUGCUUCGACUCCGUCUGCCUGGAUCCAAACGUGGACGUCUCUCUCUGCCUACCCCCCUUCUGCUUCGACUCCGUCUGCCUGGAUCCAAACGUGGACGUCUCUCUCUGCCUACCCCCCUUCUGCUUUGACUCCGUCUGCCUGGAUCCAAACGUGGACGUCUCUCUCUGCCUACCCCCCUUCUGCUUCGACUCCGUCUGCCUGGAUCCAAACGUGGAUGUCUUCCUCUUAGACAUUUUAAUUUUUUUUUUUUUACCUUUAUUUAACCAGGCAAGUCAGUUAAGAACAAAUUCUUAUUUUCAAUGACAGCCUAGGAACAGUGGGUUAACUGCCUGUUCAGUGGCAGAACGACAGAUUUGUACCUUGUCAGCUCGGGGGUUUGAACUCACAACCUUCCGGUUACUAGUCCAACGCUCUAACCACAAGGCUACGCUGCCGUCUACUGCUGACCUACCCGUCUAGACCCCCCCCCCGCUGUGACUUCCUCUCUGUCUGUCUCGCCACCAUGCUGCUGCGCACCUCAGCCUUCCUUCUGCUCUCUCUCUGCCUCUCCUGGGGGAUGUCUGCUUCUCUGGUCAGGAACAUCACUCCUGAAGAGGAAGUCCCAGAAGCAGAAACCAUGUUCGGGGAAGACACCGUUGCUGCUGCUACCGAGGGUGAUACCGAGGGUGAUACCAUGGGGGUAGAUAGCCUGGUUGUUGAUGAUACGCCUACUGCUGUAGAUAUCAGGGUGGAGGGUGAUACCGUGGGGGUAGAUAGCCUGGUUGUUGAUGAUACGCCUACUGCUGUAGAUAUCAGGGUGGAGGGUGAUACCGUGGGGGUAGAUAGCCUGGUUGUUGAUGAUACGCCUACUGCUGUAGAUAUCAGGGUGGAGGGUGAUACCGUGGGGGUAGAUAGCCUGGUUGUUGAUGAUACGCCUACUGCUGUAGAUAUCAGGGUGGAGGGUGAUACCGUGGGGGUAGAUAGCCUGGUUGUUGAUGAUACGCCUACUGCUGUAGAUAUCAGGGUGGAGGGUGAUACCGUGGGGGUAGAUAGCCUGGUUGUUGAUGAUACGCCUACUGCUGUAGAUAUCAGGGUGGAGGGUGAUACCGUGGGGGUAGAUAGCCUGGUUGUUGAUGAUACGCCUACUGCUGUAGAUAUCAGGGUGGAGGGUGAUACCGUGGGGGUAGAUAGCCUGGUUGUUGAUGAUACGCCUACUGCUGUAGAUAUCAGGGUGGAGGGUGAUACCGUGGGGGUAGAUAGCCUGGUUGUUGAUGAUACGCCUACUGCUGUAGAUAUCAGGGUGGAGGGUGAUACCGUGGGGGUAGAUAGCCUGGUUGUUGAUGAUACGCCUGCAGUGGAGGAACCUGUAGAAGACACCCCGGUGGCCGAAGACCUGGUGGGCGACAAGCCUGUUGCAGAUACCGUUGUAGCUGGGGCAUUUGUAGUCAAGGAAGCAGUUGCGGACUCCCCUUUUGCUGAUGCUCCGCUAGUAAACGCCCCUGUCAUGGCAGAUGAAGUCCCAGACACAGAGGCCCUCAUGGCGGACAUGCCAGUGGUGGAAGACCCUGCUUACAUGGAUCCGGAGACCCUUGUUAAAGAGGCCCUGAUAACAGAAGCCAUGAUUAAAGAGUUGUCUGCCCAGGUGGAGGAGGAAGACUUCGCUAAAGAGACUGAGAUUCAGGACGCCAUCUUGAAAGAUUUGGCUGACCAGGAGGCACUAGAAAAAGCGACAGAGGCCAUUGAAGAGGCAGCAGAGGCAGAGGCAGAAGCUCCAGCAGAGGAUACAGCCAGCCCUGUGGUACCUGUCGUCGAAGCCCAGGAAGAGGACUCUGACUGGGGCUUGGUUUCCAUCAAAGAGAGCCUCCAGGCAGCCAAUGGAUACUUUGACUCCCUGGUGGAAUUGAUGGGGGGACGCAACGGAUUGUGUCAGUACAAAUGCAAAUACGGUAAGACACCUGUGCAUCGCAUUGGUUAUGUGACCCCAGAGCCCAAUGGUUGCAGCUCCGACCUCCUAGGAUUCCAGGUACCAGAUAGUUUUGACAUGGGCAUCCCAGCCAUGACUCAGUGCUGUAACCAGCUGGACAGUUGCUAUGACACCUGCGGCUCCGACAAAAACCGCUGUGACUCCAGGUACCGCUUGUGUCUCCACGCUAUUUGCUCUGACCUGAAGAAGAGCCUGGGGCUUGUGUCAAAGGUCAAAGCCUGUGAGACCAUAGCAGAUACUCUGUACAACACAGUGUGGACGCUGGGCUGCAGAUCCUUCAUGAACAGCCAGAGGGAAGCAUGUCACUGUGAGGGAGAGGAGAGGGACGAGCUGUAGAGGACCAGGCUGGGACACAACACAACACCUCCCAGCCCUAGACCAACCUGGGACACUACACUACCCAGCACUAGACCAACCUGGGACACUACACUACCCAGCACUAGACCAACCUGGGACACUACACUACUCAACACGAGAGACAGCUGGGAGGAGAGGGACGAGCUGUAGAGGACCAGGCUGGGACACUACACAACACCUCCCAGCCCUAGACCAACCUGGGACACUACACUACCCAGCACUAGACCAACCUGGGACACUACACUACCCAGCACUAGACCAACCUGGGACACUACAC